UUAGAUGCUAGCCCAUAAACCUGCAUGCUUCGUCUACCCUCAGCUAGAGCAGCUAACUGUUAGCGCAGAUUAAAGCUGAAUUCCUUUAGUGUUUAUAAAGUUAGUGCGCAGUUCAUUGAAUGCACGGACACAGGCACGCGCUCAGACACGCACAGAGCUGUGAUGCGUUCAGUUUCCGGUCACCUCCGAAGAGUUUGGGGUGUUUUUCAACGAAGGGGCGUGUGUGUUAGCUAGAGAAGCUAGCUGUUGCUGCUAAGCGUUUGUUUCCACUGGGCUCAUUAAUAAUUCAUGAUGGAGCGCUGCUAUUGGUGGAAGGAGCGGCGGGGGCGGGGCUUGUUUUAGUGGCAAAUUCCGUUUCCUCUCAAGCACAUAAACAAACCAGAGGAAGAAGAGACACGAGCUCUGUGAUUGGUUGAUUCCUCCCUAAGAUGUCUGUGGAAGCGGACUCUGUCCUUCCUCCUGAGCUGCCCGUCAAGCUAAGCCCCACCUUCCCUCCCCCUGCCAGCCUAUCAGAUCACCCCCAGCUGGCAAAGCCCCGCCCUCCCAUCCAUCCUAAGAAUGGCCACCAGCCCCACCUGCCCCCUCCCCCCCCUCCUCCUCCAGCCAAUCAGAGAGGAGGGAAGAGGCGUUUCUCAGUGGGCCUUGGUUUCAAAGGCGUGGCCAAACGGCGUCGCCGUUUCAACAGCGACAGCCAGGCGGAGCCGGUUCUGCCCAGUCACUUCCUGCUGGGGGGGAACAUCUUUGACCCCCUGAACCUGAACUCUCUGCUGGACGAGGAGGUCAACAGGGCGACCAAUCAGGAGACGCCGCGGUCCUCCCCCCUGCCGUCGCGCAGCAGAGACGCCGUCCAGAUCCUGGUUCCCAGGGACAUCACGGACCCUCUGAACCUGAACGCCGGAGAGGGGGACGGCGUCCUGGUGUCCCCCCUGAAGUCCAGGAGGAGACACCGCUACAGGCAGCACGGCGGGGGAGGGGAGAAGGAGGCGGUGGCGGCCCGCCUGUUCCCUCCUUCGGCUGUACCCUCAGUUCCUGCGUCUCCUCUGUCCUGCGAGCUGAACACCGCCAUCACCUGCAGGGACGAUGUGGCCCCGCCCCCCAUCCUGCCGCGCAGACACACCCACCCCCCGUCAGGCCCCGCCCACAAGCCCGGGAACCACGGCAGGAGGCGGCGCACCACCUCCAUCCGCUCAGCUGAAGGGGCCGUAGCCAUGGAAACCAGUGCUCCGCCCACAGAGUUCCAGACGCCGCUGGUGGGAGGAGCUAAAGCUGGCAGGAGUGGAGGACCUCUGCCUGGCUCCGCCCCCACACCACAGAAGAAGAAGGACAAGCUGCGCUACCAGUAUGGGAACCACUGUCGUUACUAUGGAUACCAGGCUUCCUACGGCGACAGGCAUGAUGGGCGGGUCGGGGCAGAGGAGGACCCCCGGCUCCGCCUCCUAGAAGCUGAUUGGUUCAGAGAAAAGAUGGUGCUGGAUGUCGGCUGCGGCGUCGGUCACAUGACCCUGGCCAUCAGCAGGAAGUUUGGACCCGCCCACAUCCUGGGGGUGGAGCUAGACGGGCGGCUGGUCCACGCCGCCAGGCAGAACAUCAGGCACUUCCUGUCACAUGACCUGGUGGUGGAGGGGAGGGGGGAGCAGCCGAUGGAGGCCCCUCCCCCCCUCCCUCUGUCCUUCAGGGUGAGUCGGGGCCCUCUGUCGGCCCCGCCCCUCCUGGCUUCAUCAUCAUCAUCCUCUGGUUUCCCUGGCAACGUCACCUUCAUCCAGGGCGACUACGUGGCAGAGAAGGAGGCGUGGCCUGGGCGGGGCAAGUAUGACGUCAUCAUGUGCCUGGGCGUCACCAAGUGGGUGCAGCUGCAGUGGGGGGACAGGGGCGUUGCCAGGCUGUUCAGACGGGCCUAUCAGAGCCUGUCGCCGGGCGGAUUACUGAUCCUGGAGCCGCAGCCCUGGAGCAGCUACAUCCGCAGCAAGAGAGCCUCGGAAACGACGCUGCGUAACUUCAGAACCCUGCGGAUCCGACCAGAACAUUUCACCUCCUUCCUCACCGACAGCGUGGGCUUCAGCUCCUACAGACUGCUGACGCACACAGGUGACCACAGACCCAUCUACCUGUUCCACAAAGGCUCCACCCACAGGAAGUGACAUCAUGGACCUGAUUGGAGAGCAGAGCCUGGGCCGCAGACUGAACAGGAAGUGAUGUCAGACUGAAUACGGCGCGCCCAGUGGGACUGAACUCAUGGAGAACAUCAGAACCGGUUCUGUGACCCGGUCUGAUCGGACAGGAAGUGACUGAUCAUUUCAAAAUAAAAGCUUAUCUGGUUUGUUAUUUUUUUAUAAUAAAGUGAACUGAACGCUGCUCUGA